AUGCCCUGGCGGCCUCUGCCUCGAAUCGCUUUUGCCGUUGCCAUCUACCCCUUCCAGCCCUCUACUCCGGCCGACCUACCGUUAGAACUCGGUGAUGAGCUGUAUAUAAUAGAACAAGGCGGGAACAAUGGUGAAUGGUGUCGCGGCUACUUGGUUGCUCCGCCGUCUUUGCUGGCGGGUUUAACGAGCACCAAAGGCCAGACCCUUGAGGCGCGAGUAUUUUCGGGUAUCUUCCCCCGCAAUUGCGUGGAGAUCCGCGAAGUCCUGGGUGAUAGCGAAGGAAAUAAGACCUUGACAAAUGGGGACUGCUCAAUUGACGACAGGGCGGAAGAUGCGGAGGUGGAUGUGCGGAGCAGUUUAGCUUCUUCUCAAUACGACGAACAAGUUUCGGGCGAGAUAUCUGAAGUAUUGGUCGCGCGAAAAGAGAAGCCUUCACAGAUUUUCAUCCAGAAGACAGACGAUGAUGACCAGUCGACUCCACGAGGGGCGCGGGCCAGUCCCUGGGGAAUGCUUCCACUUACGCCGGUCAAUGUAGCCCCGCGGGAUCCUGAUGCACCCAAGCCAGCUGCGCCAGUGCCUAUGCUCAAAAUAGGCGACGAAACUCCCACCUCACUUUCCGAGCCGUUGGUCGACGAGAUCGCAUCAUGUUUGCGUGAGUGGCAUUCGACUAAGCUACAUGAGCUGCUUCUGUCGCAGCAAUAUCAGGUUGUGGAAGAAAUGUCGACUAUCGUCCAGGAGCUUGAUUAUGCCAGACGACAGCUCCUAUACAACGUGCUAACUUCAAAAGAGAAGGAGGUGCUCAGGCAAGAGGUUGUUUGGAAACUUGUUCGGGGUAACAAGCUACUUGGUGGGGAAGUGAUUGUGCGGGAUCCUGAACAACGAGGUCGACUGUUGACAGGCGAGGAUUCUGCCGUACAUUUAGCAAAGCUCCAGUCCGAAAUGAGCAUGCUCGAGAGCAGUCCCACGCCUGCGUCGGACACCGCAGCUCUUCAUCAUUUGCUCGUGGAAGUCAAUGCUGUAUCAGGAAAUGCCCCUGGGCCAGUAGUUCUCGCCGUCAGUCUGUGCACGGUAUCGGACACCGGCCCUCUAAAAGCAUUGUCCGAGACGUAUGUUCUGGAUAUUCCUUCCCCAGAACAAUUCGCAAGUUCAGGGCAGAGCAAUAAGCUAAAGACUCUCUUCACUGAAUUGGCGGCUACGGAUAUUGGGGAUGGAUCAGCAAGCGGGCCUAAGCUCUAUCUUUUAGUGAGCGUUCGAGCACCGGAGGUUGCUUCCGCAAGCACUCCAGUUCAGACUGCACCUUCAGCUUCUCGCGAAGGAACAACCUCGCCAAAGCCUCCUACCGCCAGCAAUUCCGUCAAGGGGCCAGGUCUGAAACCCCGCCGCAGCAUUAUGUGGUCGUCCAAACGUGGCAUUCAGAGCUCAGACCAACCAAAGGAGACCGCCAAACCUCCGCAGUCCUCAGGGAGUGUGGCUAGCAACAAGGGAGGAUCGGUCCAGCCAUCAAAAGAGUCGGCACAGCUUCGUACCAUAGGCGUUGGCCUCCUGGAAGUAUCCCAUAUUCUGCGUCAAGAUAAAGACACUGAGCAGAUAAUCAACAUAUGGGCCACUUCUGAGCACACAGAGGAUGGGGAAGGGUACACGGACGGUUUUGAUGCAUUGAUACGUGCAUUGCUGCCUAGCCCGACAGGGAAGUACGUGAGGUCUCCUCGGGCUGCUCGCGUUCACCUUCACCUUUUCCCUUAUGUCGAUUCCGAUUCGGAUGCGCUGAUUCGGAAGAACCCAACUAUGUUGCAUGGUGUCGUGCAAACGAGGCGGAUUGGCUUCUCGCAAGCUCCGUCUAAGCCUCGGUCUGAUAUUUAUGUGACUAUCUCACAGGCAACGUUUCCUCCUGAGGCCCUUCUCUCGCAUCCUCAUUCGGGCCAAGUUCCGAUGCCUUCACACACAGGACUUCGCAACUUGCAGCUGACCCUCGAGGUGCGCACCGCCUCAGGGGCACGAGUCGAUAAAUGUGUAUUCCCAGCCUCAUCAUCGACCGCCAGUACCGCAUGGAGAACGACCAUUACUGAGAAAGGCAAGCCAUGGAACCAAACGAUUCGCCUCAAUAUCCCCACAGAUCAAAUUCCUGGUUCCCAUAUGAUUAUGAGUAUUGCGGAUGCCCCUGAAUUCCCAUUUGCGCUGGCAUGGAUGCCCCUGUGGGACAACCAGGCUUUUAUACGAGAUGGACCCCAUUCUCUACUGCUACAUGCAUACGACAAGCACACAUCAAACGUUGAGAAUGGCAAAGGCGCUUAUUUGUCCCUUCCUUGGAGCUCACUGGGCAAAAACGAGUCUACAAAGGAUGAGGCGCUCACGGGGCCUCUGGCUACCCUUCGCAUUGACACUCAUUUGUGCAGCACUGAGUACUCGCAAGAUCAAGUGCUUUUGAGCUUACUUAACUGGAAAGAACGGUCAGUGGAUGAGAUUAUGGAUACUUUGAAAAGAAUUCGUUUUGUGCCCGAAAUCGAGAUCGUCAAACAAUUAAGCUCUGUCUUCGAUGCGUUGUUUUCAAUCCUUGUGGAGCACGCCGGGAACGAAGACUAUGAGGAUCUUAUUUUUAAUAACCUGGUUACGGUCCUUGGAAUUGUGCACGACAGACGAUUCAACCUUGGCCCAGUGGUUGACCACUACACGGAGAACCAGUUCAAUUUCCCCUUCGCAACACCAUGCCUUAUUCGAAGCUACCUCCGUCUUUUACAGGCAAGUUCUGACUUGCAGUACCACCGCAACCUUCGAGCUACCUUCAAGGUUGGUCGUCAUCUGCUAAAGUUCAUAAUCAAUGCCCGACAGCAGCAAAAAUUGAAGGAAGAAGGUAUUGGUAUCACUCGUGUUCAAUCAACGUUCAACCGGGAUAUGCACACGAUUUUCAAGUCACUAGAGGCUCUGAUGAAGAAUCCUUCUCCUGCGAUGGUGGGUAGCAAAACCCUUGUUGUUCAGCACUUCCACACGUGGCUUCCAGAGUUGUCGGCUGUCUUUAGCCGAGAUGAAGUGAUAAUGAUUGCGCUCAGUUUUAUGGACUCUUGCGCAGAUGUGAAGGGAAUGCUAGUUUUGUAUAAAUUGGUUCUGAUUCAGCAUUACACUCGGCUUGAGAUCUUUGGCUCCGGUACGGAGAGAAAGAGUCUUGCUUCUAGCUGUAUCGGCUGGCUGGAUCCCUACUGGGGAGCCACCGGUGCAGUAUCUGAUCAAUACCGUGACCAGGUCCGCCUUGUUUGCGCUAUCGUGGCAGAGCUCUUGACCCAGCCGGAUCCCCAACUCUACGCCUUUAUGCCGAAGAUUAUCUCCUCAUACUACUCUAUCAUUCCUGAAGGCGUUGAUGAUACGGAAUACCUGUCUCUCCUUUUCAGCAAAUCGUUCCCGUUCCAGAUCAAGGCAUCAAAAACUAGUCAAAAGUUCGACGAAGUCCUUGUCGAACUGUCGGCUAUAAUGGCUGCAACUGCGUUAAUACCAAAUCCUAAGCGCCUACGGCUCAAAGGCUUGGAACUCACCAACUUCCUUUCUCAGGCAUUCGAGGUUCAUACCUCGAUCUUAAACUGCGAGGCAUAUCCUAAGAGCUGGUUCAGCAUCCAUGUCUACAAUCACCGGACAACAGUGAAGAGUCUUGAAUAUCUGGCAUCACUGAUGAUCGACAAGUUGCUUCCAGCUCCAGACGAUGCGGAAUUGUUUGACACGAGGCUGUGGGAAACUUUCUUCAUGACGUUACUCAAGGUUGUGUCUAGUGAUGCCCUUGCUUUGGAGACCGUUCCAGAACAAAAACGACGCACUAUCUGGAAAAUCGCUGGCGAUGUUCGAGAACAAGGUGCGGAGUUAUUGCACUCUACUUGGGAAGCGAUAGGUUGGGAAACGGCUGAAGAUGAGAGGGAACGCUACGGAUUGAACAGACUUGGCGGUUAUCAGGUCCAAUACGUGCCGGGCCUUGUAGCCCCCAUUAUUGAGCUAUGCCUUAGUGUCCAUGAGGGCCUGCGCCUUGUGGCUGUUGAUAUUCUGCGAACCAUGAUCAUCAGCGAGUGGGAUCUCAAUCAUGAUCUCUCGGUUAUUGAAACUGAGAUAAUUUCAAGUCUGGAUAAUCUUUUCAAGACGAAGGACAUGAGCGAGGGUGUGAUUCAGAAGCUCUUUAUUGGGGAGCUGCUUGAUCGUUUUGUUGGUUGCGAUGCGUUUGAUGAAGAACUUGCCACGGCAGUCAAGGCUCUUAUCGCGACCGUGGAUGAGCUUCUGGAUUUAUUCGUGGCGUCGCAAGGCGGUUCUAUGGCUGAGAGUCUGCAUGUUCUUCGACUGAUGGAGUACAUGAAAGACAUGGGCCGAGAGGAUAUCUUCAUCCGCUACGUCCACGAACUCGCCCAAAGCCAGGCUUCAGCUGGCAACUACACCGAGGCCGGUCUUGCGCUACAAUUUCAUGCCGACUUGUACGAUUGGGAUCCCAAACUGUCCGUUCCCGAACUCACAAACCCCCCCUUCCCUGAGCAGACAUCCUUUGAAAGGAAAGAAGCCUUGUACUUCACGAUUAUCCAGUAUUUCGAGGACGCUCAAGCUUGGACCCAUGCAUUGGCUUGCUAUAGAGAACUUGCGCUGCAUUACGAAGUUACUGUCAUGGAUUUUGCUAAGCUUUCGCGAGCCCAGAGCUCCAUGGCAAAAAUCCAUGAGUCCAUCGCCAAGGAAGACAAGCAGUUCCCCCGCUACUUCCGUGUUUUGUACAAGGGGCUUGGUUUCCCAGCAACAUUACGUGACAAGGAAUAUAUCGUUGAAUGUGCCCCGACGGAACGCAUGGCUACGCUUAUUGAUCGUAUGCAGAAGGAGCACCCUGCUGCUCAGGUUAUGUCGUCCGGCGAAGUCAACGAUUACGAAGGUCAAUACCUUUAUAUCAGCCCUGUAAGCGUGCACCGGGAUAUGAGCCACCCUGUUUACCAGCGGUCAAAAGUUCCACCGUCCGUUCGCGACCAUCUUCUGAUAUCAGAGCCUACGCGAUUCAGUUCCACACUGAGAAGACAUAUUGGUGAUGCAGAUGUUGAAGAGCAAUGGGUGGAGAAGGUCAUCUACACAACCUCUGAACCCUUCCCGAAUAUUCUCCGCAGGAGCGAAAUAAUUAGCACUGAAGAGAUUGCGUUGACGCCCCUACAAACAGCCCUGGAACGGACGUGGCGCAAGACGCAAGAGUUAUACCUGCUCUACAGGCGCGCAGCAUCCGGUGAAGAUAUGAGCCUGAUGAACUUGACAGAGGCUAUAGAGCAAUUGCUGGAAUUCAAUUCUACACCCGCCAGCUGUGUCGCGCACUACCGUCAGUUUUUGACUGACGAGUCUGAGGAUGGCGAGGAAGAGGAAGAGGAAGAGGAAGUGGAAGCGAACACGCCUCAACCGAUUGAUCCGCUAAAAAACGCCCUCGCUGUGGCUCUCAUUGACCAUGCCUUAGCGAUCAAGCACGCCCUCGCACUGUACUCGCGUCCAGCGCAUCAAGCCACUCAGGCUGAGUUAACACGCCGUUUCGAAGAAGUUUUCGCACCCGAACUUUCUUCCCUUCGUCCUACAGAGAGCAUGCCCCCGUUGCUGUACCAAAGCAAGUCCCCGAUCUCAUCGGAAAGCCGUCGGGUGACUGCGCUUCCGCGGUCUAUUAGUCCAGAACAGGAGCUGAUUCGCAGUUCCCGCAAAAAUAGCCAGGCUCAUCGCCGGCAAGCCUCACGCAAGCAAUCUGUCAGCCAUCGAAUAAGCAUAAUGAACCCAUUCAAACGCUCUAAUCAUGGAGCAAGCGAUUCAAUUGCCACUAUCCAGCGACAGCCCAAUGGCAACAGAGCUAAUGACCCUGUGACCGGUUCGUCCGGCAAGGAGGAAGCUGACCUCGAUGACGCUGCUACCAUUCACAGUCGGACAACGAAUCAAUCCCGCGACACGAACAAUAAACGGCGGAGCUUCUUUGGAGACGUUCUGCAGAAACACACAUCCUCCCUCUCAAUAAGCACCAGUGUCAACGAGGACGACACCAACAAGUCACAGAAACGGCAACGAUCUAAAAGUGCGUCACGAAGUGCCGCCGACAACUCUGCGGAGAACGUUAGCCGCAGCACAUCUCGGCACAAUGGCACCAUGGGGAAUCCAUCAACACCAUCAGUCACUAGCCCCGCGUCAGUUACCAGUCCCAAGGGUGGUUGGUCAACGAUACCUUCAGUCACCGAGCAUCCGCGACCAGUAACUCGGAGCAGUCUGAAUUCCGUUCGGAGUCCUGAAAUCCGGAGCCCUGGCGCCCAUACCAAUAGCUCCUCAAACACGGGAGGAGGCGUACGAGAUUCCGUCAUGAAGCGCUUCAGCUUGCUCAAGGGAGUCGGACGAAAAGCCAGCCGCCUUGAUUUCAAGAACGAACAAACCGUCUACGAGGAGUGA